AUUAUUCGUUUUGGACGCACUAAACGAGUUUUACAUAUUAGAAUUUAGAACAGCGGCACCGUGAAGAGGUACAAACAGAAAAAAUCUUCUACACACUGGAUAACGUUAAAUUAUACUAAAAGCACACACUUCCUCUCGAUCUCGUAAGCGUCACGCUUGUAACGAUAACGCAAUGUAACGUUUCUUCCAAGACACAAACCGUAAAGCAGCGUAACGCCUUUCUGCAGAUUCAUGCGCUGCCCAGGUAGGGAAACGUUCCUUGGGUUGUUUUGCACCAUCGAUCCGUGCGUUCGGUUUAUCUCAAGAUCCCGUCCUGCUCCGAUCAAAGUUCUCUCUUCUGUCAGCCGGAACGAGUGUGUACCGUGUUUGUUGUUAUUAUUUCCACCGUUCCGUCACUGUUACCGUGAGUUAUACGUGCUUUUUCACGUACGUUGCGUAUCGUGAAGCGUUACAGCUGAAUUAAGUUUUUUUUAAGUGUACCGUAAAUGUGUUGCUCUGAAUAGUGGAUAAAAAUCACAGUGAAUAUUGUAGUGGUGAAGUUUGCAAAAAAAAAGUGUUGCAGUCUAUAUUCAUAGCAAGAAGCAAAGCGUUUUUCUAUAGGGAAAUGGCACGAAAAGGCAGCAAGGCAGAAAGCAAAACCUUGUGUUAACAACAAUCAUAGCUUACGGUCAGCAUCGGCAGCGAAUGCAGACACCUUUAGCAGCACGCGAGCAGACGGUGAUAUAUCGGCGGCAACAUGUCGCAACGCGAUUUUUCAGAGAACGAACCGGAAGGUACGCCGGAACUGCCAGCGGCCAACAGGGCCCUCUUCCUGGAGAAGGUGCGCCAGUCAAAUACCGCGUGCCAGAAUGGUGACUUCAGUACCGCGGUCCAGCUGUACACGGAUGCGCUCGGGCUGGACCCGGGCAACCACAUCCUCUACAGCAACCGAUCGGCGGCACGAUUAAAACAGGGCCAGUUUGCGCUCGCCCUACAGGACGCAACGCGUGCCCGCGAGCUGUGUCCCCAGUGGCCGAAGGCGUAUUUCCGGCAGGGUGUCGCGUUACAGUGCCUCGGCCGGUAUGGGGAAGCGCUGGCAGCGUUCAGUGCCGGCCUUGCCCAAGAUCCCAACAGCAAGCAGCUGCUGGCCGGGCUGGUGGAAGCCUCGAUCAAGAGUCCGUUGCGGCACGCACUCGAACCAACGUUCCAGCAGCUGAAAGCGAUGAAGCUCGAUCAGUCACCGUUCGUGGUGAUAUCGGUGGUUGGGCAGGAGUUGCUCGGUGCCGGCCAGUACCAUGCCGCCGUUACCGUGCUCGAGUCGGCGCUACGGAUCGGGUCCUGUUCGCUCAAGCUGCGUGGUUCCGUCUUUUCGGCGCUAAGUUCCGCCCACUGGGCAUUGAAUCAGCUGGACAAAGCGAUCGCUUACAUGCAGCAGGAUCUUGCGGUGGCCAAAAGUCUCGGUGAUACGGCGGGUGAAUGUCGGGCGCACGGGAACCUUGGUUCGGCUUACUUUAGCCAGGGUUCGUACAAGGAGGCAUUAACGUCGCACCGCUACCAGCUAGUGUUGGCGAUGAAGUGCAAAGAUACGCAGGCGGCUGCGGCCGCUCUUACCUCGCUCGGUCACGUAUAUACGGCCAUCGGUGAUUACCCGAAUGCGCUUGCCUCACACAAACAGUGCGUACAGUUGGUGAAACAGAUGGGUGAUCGGUUGCAGGAAGCGCGCGAAAUCGGUAACGUCGGUGCAGUGUAUUUGGCGAUGGGUGAGUUCGAUUCGGCGGUCGACUGUCACACGCAGCACCUGCGGCUUGCCCGGAAGCUAGGCAACCAGGUGGAGGAGGCAAGGGCGUACAGUAAUCUUGGUUCGAGUUAUCACUACAAGCGCAACUUCACGCAAGCCAUCACCUACCACGAGAGUGUGCUGCGGAUAGCGCAGCAGCUUGGUGAUCGUGCGAUCGAAGCCCGGGCAUAUGCUGGGCUUGGACAUGCGGCACGCUGCGGGCACGACUUUGUGCAGGCCAAACGGUGGCACGAGAAGCAGCUGGAGAUGGCACUGGCCGCACGUGAUAAGGUGGGUGAGGGUCGUGCCUGUUCCAACCUGGGCAUUGUGUAUCAGCUGCUAGGGGAGCAUGAUGCGGCGCUUAAACUGCACCAGGCACAUCUUACCAUCGCACGUCAGCUGCAGGAUAAGGCUGGCAUGGGACGUGCGUACGGCAAUAUUGGCAAUGCGUACUCAGCGGCCGGCUACUACGAGUCAGCGAUCAAGUACCACAAACAGGAGCUUAUCAUCAGCAAGGAGGUGCACGAUCGUAGUGCGGAAGCAUCCACGCACGGGAACUUAGCCGUUGCGUAUCAAGCACUCGGUGCACACGAUAUGGCGCUGAUGCAUUACCGUGCUCAUCUGAACAUUGCCCGCGAACUGAAAGACACUGCCGGGGAGGCCUGUGCAUUGCUUAAUUUAGGUAACUGUUUGAGCUCGAGGCAAGAGUUUGCCCAAGCCGUACCGUACUAUGAGCAGUAUCUUAUGCUGUCCCAGGAGCUGGGUGAUGUGGCGGCCGAAGGUAAGGCGUGUCAUUUUCUUGGUUACGCACACUAUUGCAUCGGUAACUACCGGGAAGCGGUACGGUACUACGAUCAGGAUCUAGCACUCGCAAAGGAUUUGCAGAACAAGAUGAACAUGGGCCGAGCGUACUGUAACCUUGGGCUAGCACACCUUGCGCUCGGAAACACCGGUGGUGCGCUGGAAUGUCAGAAGUAUUUUCUUGCCAUUGCUCACAUGACUAACCACCUGCCGGGGAAGUUUCGGGCACUUGGGAAUAUUGGUGAUGUGUUGAUCCGGAUGGGUGAUGUAGAUGAGGCGAUCAAGAUGUACCAACGCCAGCUCGCCCUCGCUAGACAAACCCGUGAACGUGGCAUGGAAGCUGCUGCCUGUGGUGCACUCGGACUUGCGCAUCGACUGCUCAAAAAGCUCGACAAAGCCCUGGGCUAUCACACGCAGGAGCUAACGCUUCGGCAGGAGAUGAGUGACCUGCCGGGUGAGUGUCGCGCACAUGGACAUCUGGGUGCGGUGCACAUGGCGCUUGGUAACUAUACGCACGCAGUUAAAUGCUACCAGGAGCAACUAGAACGCGCCCAAGAGCUGCAAGAUUCGGCGGUCGAGGCGCAAGCAUUUGGCAAUCUAGGUAUUGCACGGUUAAACAUGGGCCAUUACGAAGAUGCGAUCGGGUAUCUCGAGCAACAGUUGGGUACGCUGGAGCAGGUCAACACCCCGACGGCGCAGCACGAUCGAGCGAGGGCACUAGGACACUUGGGUGACUGUUACGAUGCACUCGGCGAUUAUCACACGGAGGCGAUCAAGUGUCACGAACGCCACCUGCAGCUAGCCAUCGCACUGCAGAGUCCGCGCGAUCAGGAGCGAGCCUACCGCGGGCUCGGCAACUGCUACAAAUCCGUUGGCAAUCUUCAGGAGGCGCUCGUGUGCCUCGAAAAGCGGCUGGUCGUAUCGCACGAGCUAGGCAACCCGGAAGCGAAGGCGGCAGCGUACGGUGAUCUGGGAAGCAUACACAGUGCGCUCGGUAACUAUGAACAGGCGAUCAACUGUCUCGAGCAUCAGCGCGAUAUUGCCCGCGAGCUUGGCGAUCGUGUGCUAACGUCGGACGCGAUCAGUGGGCUUGGUGCAGUUUUCCAACAGAUGGGUGACUACGACGAAUCGUUACGGUUACACAAACAGGACCUCGAGCUGGGUGAGAGUAUCAAUCAUAGCACACUGCAGGCACGCGCUUGUGGUAACCUUGGCUCCGUCUAUGACGCACUGCGAAACUACACGGAAUCGGCCCGGUACUACGAGAAGCAGCUUACACUGACGUCCGACCGGCAAACAAAAGCACACGCCUGUCUCGCUUUGGGGCGGGUCUAUCACGCAAUGGAGCAAGUGCCGCAGGCGGUCGGUUUUCUACGGCAGGGUCUAGCCAUCGCUCAAUCUCUCAACAAGCUGGAGGAUGAAGCGAAGCUACGCUACCGGCUCGGGCUUUCGUUGGUCGCCUCCGGUGAUGAUGAUGCGGCUCGCCAGCAGAUGGAAAGUGCGGCACAGAUCCUCGAGUCAAUACGCAGCGACCAGGUAACGCCGGAAGCCCGUACCCAGCUGUACGAUCUGCAAACAUCCUGCUAUCAAACGCUGCAGCGCGUACUGGUUGGGUUGGGUCGCACGGAGGAGGCACUGGUCGCGGCCGAACGCUGUCGGUCACGUAUGGGUGCCGACUCGAACCAGAGUGCGGAGAAUUCGCUCAAUAAUCGCAAAACGCUGCUCACCUGCAGCGAGUACAUCUUCGACACAGUCAAUCGCAGUAAGACGAACAUCAUCUACUACAGCCUUGCUGGGUCCGAUCUGUACGCAUGGUUCCUGCAGCCCCAGAAGCGUAUCGUACGCUUUCACGCGACCAAACUCGACGAACAGACGCUACCGAUGAUGAAGAAGAAGGCGUUGAUGGGAUCGGGUACGACCGUUUCGGUGGACAAAAAGGUCAACCCGCUGGAGGAAGCUACGGGUGAAAAUAGUCUGCUCGAGCAGUACAUUAACUUUGUGCGCGAUUGUUUGGGCGUUAACUCGGGCAGCGUGUUGCAGGAAGGGGACGGUAGCGGUUGGAAGUCUUCGAACGAGAACCUGAUCGAUGACUUCACGAAUGAACGGGCCGGAUUUUUGCGUAUGGUCAACCGGAAUCAUUUGCUUAAUUCGAGUAACUAUUCACUGAGUUCGCUCUUCAGUCUCGGCAGUGUCGGUGGCUCGGUCGCCAGUCUGCAGGGUUCAACAAGGUCUAUUGGAAGCCUGCAGGGAUCGACACGAUCGAGACGUUCGAACAUGCUGCCACCGUGGCAAGGGCCGUCCUGUUUACACGUCCUGUACAAUCUACUGUUGGCACCGUUCGAAGAUUUGCUACCCGAUAUAAGCACAACUGCUCGAAUUGGUCGUCGCGAGUUGAUUCUAGUACUGGAAAAGGAACUCUACCUGGUCCCGUUUGCUAUCCUGCGUAGUGGUGAUGAAGAUGGUGAAUAUCUUUCAGAACGUUGCUCGCUCCUGACCGUGCCGUCGUUGCACACACUGCGCCAAAAAAGUCGCAUCAAAACACGCGAACCAGCGGAAGGAUUAAACAGUGCGCUCGUCAUCGGUGGACCGAAGAUACCGUCCUCACUCUCCGAUACCUGGGGUUGGUCGGAUUCUCCCGCCUCACUGCAGGAAGCAGCCAUGGUGUCCGAUAUGCUCAACACGAAACCGCUUGUCAGCUCGAGUGCUACCAAAGAGUCCGUCGUUUCCGAGCUGCCUGCCGCAGAAUGUGUGCACUUUGCGGCCAACGUUAGCUGGAAGCUUGGUGCGGUUGUGCUCAGUCCCGGUGAGGUGUUGGAUUCACAGUCACAGAAGCGUUUCUAUCCGAACGCGGGCGGUGAACUGUUGGGUGGUGAUAAUGACGAAGAGACAACGGAUUUGUCCACCUCGAACAUGGAGAUCCCACCCCUGUCCGACUUCAUUCUCAGUGCGGCCGAUCUGCUGUCGAUGAAGCUGACCGCAAAGUUGGUUGUGUUGAGUUCGUACCAUUCGGUCGAACCCAUCACCGGAAGCGGUGUGGCUAACCUGGCCGGAAGUUGGCUGUUUGCUGGAACCGGUGCCGUACUCGUAUCAUUGUGGCCCGUCCCCGAAACGGCUGCCAAGAUUUUACUGCGCGCCUUCUACUCAGCGUUGCUGCAAGGUACGCGCGCGGCACGGGCCCUUGCCGAAGCGAUGCAAACCGUUCAGCACACGAAACACUUUGCCCAUCCGGCGAACUGGGCCGGAUUUAUUCUGAUCGGUGGUAAUGUGCGACUGUCGAACAAGGUCGCCCUGAUAGGGCAAGCACUGUGCGAACUGAUGCGCACUCCGGACAAGUGUCGCGAUGCGUUGCGCGUUUGUCUGCAUCUGGUCGAGAAAAGCUUGCAGCGCAUUCAUCGUGGCCAGAAGAACGCCAUGUACACCACACAGAAAAGCAUUGACAAUAAGGCGGGCCCGGUAAGUGGAUGGAAGGAUCUGCUGAUGGCGGUCGGGUUUCGGUUCGAACCGGCCGCGAACGGUAUCCCGUCCAGCGUGUUCUUCCCGCAAAGUGAUCCGGAGGAUCGAUUGUCCCAGUGUUCCGCUAGUCUGCAGGCUUUGCUCGGACUGUCGCCGACGACACUGCACGCACUGUCCAAGUUGGUGCAUGGAGCCGAAAUUGCGGACGAGAUUAUAGGCGUAAUGCGGAACGUGGUCGCACAGUUCCCAUCGAAGGCAACCGAUAACGAGAGUGCGAUCGACGUACCGCUUAGCGUACGGUUGUGGCGUGUGUCCGGCUGUCACGAACUGCUCGCAUCGCUCGGCUUUGACCUAAUGGAGGUCGGUCAGGAUCAGGUGACGUUGCGCACGGGCAAACAGGCCAACCGGCGCAACUGCCAGUUUGUGCUGCAAGCACUGUUGGCCCUGUUCGAUACGCAGGAAGCACCGAAAAGCUUGGGCAUCGAGUCUAGCAGCAGCUCGGAAUCGUUGAACGAAGAGGAAACGUCCGACGAGCAACAAUCCGUCCAACAGUCGCAGCAAUCGCAACAAUCCGCACAACAGCAGCAACAGCAGCAGCAUCAGCAGCAACAACAACAGCAGCAGUCUUCUCAACAAUCGCAGCAGGCCCAGCUAAAAGCAUCUACCGGCGCAAGCCCAACACCGACGAGUGGUGAUUCACAGCAACGCAGCAUCUCACCAGCUGUGACGGUAAAGUCGCAGACGAGUUACAAUUUUUCCCGACCACCGUUACCACUGCGGCGCGUCCCGUUCCUCAGCACUCGCAGUGCUUUUAUCUCGUACGUCCGACGUCGUGGCGAACCGGACGGUGGACAAACUGACAGUGCACAAUCCGUAUCCAACGGUACUGCCGUGCCGAAUGGGAAUGUGCUCGAUACGAGCCUGGCCAACACAACCGAUAGUGAGCUAUCCGAUGGUUAUACGACGCAACAGAUACUGCUGAAAAGUGACCAUCUGGCCAAGGGUCUCGGGUACUCAAGCUUGCGCGGUACGAUAAAGGUGUCCCGCCCGGGUGGUGGCGGUGAAAGCGAUGCCGCCUUCACGCCAAGCCCUCCGGUAACAAUCCAGAACGUGGACCAGAACGUGUCGCUUGCGUUAGCUCACCAAACGCGCAUUAAGAAUCUGUACACGAACAAUGGCAACAUGCACGGUGUUGUCUCGGGUGCGCUUAAUGGUGUGCACGGUCCAAUAGCAUCGUCCGGUAUGGCGAUCGGUGCCGGAGCUUACACGCUGCAGGACACGCUUCGUGACGGUGUCCAUCAUCAUCCGAAUCCGAGCCAUCACCGCCGUCCGGACAGUUCCAGUUCGGCCAGUUCAGCGACCGAUUGGGAAGGAUCGGGACAUGCAACAGUGUUGCGACGGGCGGCCCAUCAAGGUCAUCAUCUACCGCCUUUGCCACCACCGCGCCAAACACUGCCAAUGGUGGAAAGUUUACGUCCGCUGGCACCGCUUGCUCCGGUGUACAAUAACAUUAACGGAGCAGUCGGUCCGGGUGGUCCAACAGGCAAGAAUUCCGUCCCGAAUGGGGGACAGAAAUCUCUCUCGGUGCUGGAGUCAACCAGUUCGGAUUCGGAGUUUGAACGAUCGUUUGAUCUUCCGGCCGGUUCUUCCAAUGCGGCAUCCAUCAGCAGCAAGCUAACGUCGUUAGCGCACAGCCUGCAGAGUAUGCGCACUCGUAACAAGCUUAAACUGGGUCCUCCACCGCACGGACAGCAUCUGCAACAACAGCAGCAACAGCAGCAGCAGCAGCAGCAGCAGCACCAACAACAUCAACAACUCCAUGGUCAACAGCAAUCACACGGUCAGCUGCACGGUCAGCAUCAGUUACAUGGAACGUCCACGGGGUCCACCACAACAAUCGCACGCUCGAAGCUCCCGGUCGAUCAGUUCGGUUUUCUCGAUCGACUCAGCUGUCGGACGGAAAUUUCAUCUUCCGCCACUCUCGGCAAUCAUGUUGCACCUCCCCGGAAACCACUCUCCACGCUGCCGGAUGAUGAGCGAACGCUCAACCUGAACGCCAACAAACUCUACUUCUCACCGACCGACGCCGAGAUGCUUCCGCUGGCGGAAGCGUCCCCAUCGGAUUUGGGGCUAGGCGCCAAAGCUCACGCCCCACCGAUGGGUCAACCAAUGAUGGGAUCGGCUGGUGUCGGUACGCUCACGGUCGUGCCCGUUACCUCCAGCAAGGACGGUACCAAAUCGAACCAGAAAACGAUCCAAGACUCGAUCCUGCGGCAUAUGUCGCGCGAAAUGACACCGACCAUUUCGGAGGUGUACCACGAGCGUAACAUCGGACUCGGAUUAGCUCCGUCUCUGUCCAAGCUGCUGCUCAGCAAGAAUUACGACGAAUCGGCAGAACUCGGCAGCAAAGGUAGCAACUCGGUGACGGCCGUAGCAGCUUCCGCUGCCGCUGCUGCUGUCUCCAUGCUGAACAAACCGAGUGCCGCCCUAACGGUGGGCAAUCUGGCCGAGGCGAUGAACGAGAUCGAAAUGAAUGCGACCACAUCGAGCAAGCUGGACGAAGGUGCCUGUGCCAUCUGUCACUCACCGUCCGAUCUGCUGUGUGGAUGCAGUGCCACCUCGACCGUGGCAGCUGUCGCCGCCAUGACGGCUGCCCUCGGCGCUAACACAACCAUGGCGAAGAAGUCGAGCUCCAACAAACCCUGGCUCAGCAACGUAUCGCCAAACAUCGUGAAGGCGAGCGAUCUUACCACGGCCGAUAUACUCGAGCAGCAGAAGCAGCUGAAAUCUUCCGUCAGCAGUGGGCUGACGAGCAAUCUGUCCUCCUCCACGGAGAACUCGCUCUCGACCGUGGUCAAACGGAGUGGUUCGCCGUUUUCCGAUUUAUCGCGCCGUGACGAAGGGGACGGUCGCAGCGUUGCCGAUUCGCAGUGCUCGGGUAGCUUCCGGACGGACAUUACCGGUUCCACGGUAACCACAUCCAAGAGUCAGCAACAGAUGGUGUCAUCUCAGCAGCAGCAGCAGCAGCAGCAGCAGCAGCAACAGCAACAACAGCAGCACCAGAAACAGCAACAACCAUCCCAGCAACAACAGCAAACGGGUGGUGGAGAACAGAACAGUGCAUCCGUGCCGUCCGUCGCCAUAACAACCGCGACAACGGUAACGCAGCAACGGGGAAAGUACAUCAUCGAUACGUGAUCGAUACCGUGUGAUCGAUAGCAGGUUUUAAGCUCGCAAGCCAUUUUGUGGCACGUGCACCGAUGUGUUGCAAAGAAGCUGCCCAAAAAAAGAGAAAGACUGCUAGUUGUAGAAUGGUGGUGCACAAGGGCGUUGUUUUUAAUAUAGUUUGUAGUACAUUAUUUUUAACUGUUCGAGUGAUUUUUUUGUAAGAUAUAAAAGAGCUUUUUUUAAUGUUGAUUUUAAGCAGCAAACGUAGCCAUUCACAUUUGCUAGGUAGAGUAAAGCGCAUUUUAUCCUCGACCCCACCAACCAUUUUUUUGUACAGUUGAUUAGGAAGCUGGAUGGAUCUGUAGAAAGCUACCGUUUAGUUAGCAUUAGUAAUUA